AUGAAUAAACACCUUCAUCAACGCCCUCUAAUUCCAGAUAUAUCUCAACAAAAUUUAACAGCUGAUACAAUUAGAAAGCAAGCUACUUCAGAAAUGUAUACUUUUUGCAAGGAAAAUUUACUUGUACAAGUAUGGUCAUAUAUGUGGCGUGAAUGGUAUACUAAGGAUAGAUGGGCACUGGAAAGUCCUCAAAAGAAACUUUUAUAUAAGUUUUUUCAUCCGCGAUUGGAUCUUUUAAUGGGAAAAAAAGCAAUCAAGUCUGAAUGGAAAAAACUAGCUCAAAAACAAUCAGAUAUAAAUAAUUUCAAUAAAUAUUACACUAAUAUUGAAAAUUGGAUUUGUGGAUGCCCAUAUUAUCUUACAAAUAGAUUUAUGUUAUAUAAAACUCUUAUAUAUGAAUUAAAUAUACAUAUCGAUACUGUUAAUAGAGAAGAUGAUAUUCGUGAAACAAAUAAUGUUAAUAACGAUGAAACAAAUAAUACUGAUAAAUUUGAAAAUCUUAUAGAUAUAACGUAA